CUUGCAACAAACCCUAACCCCCUAUUCGUUCUUCCCUUGCAGGCCCGAAGGGAAGGAAGCACACAGUAGAGAGACACAUGAAAUUCUAGAGAGGCAAACAACAGAUUCUAGAGAGACAGGGAUAGAGCAGAUUCUAGAGAGAGAAACAUGGACUCAGACGAAGGAAAGCUAUUUGUAGGAGGCAUACCAUGGGACACUACAGAGGAGAAGCUCAAAGAGUACUUUAACCAGUACGGGGACGUCACGCAGACAGUUAUUAUGCGGGACAAGACCACUGGUCGACCCAGAGGCUUUGGCUUUGUGGUAUUCGCAGAUCCUGCCGUUCUCGAUGCAGUUCUUCAGGAGAAGCACACCAUUGAUGGCAGGACGGUGGAGGCUAAAAGGGCUUUAUCAAGAGAAGAACAGCACACCUCCAGACCUGGAAAUUCUAAUACUGGCAGAAGCUCAGGCAUGGGAGGAAAUUUUAAAACCAAAAAGAUAUUUGUUGGAGGGUUGCCUUCCACCCUUACUGAGGAAGGAUUUCGUCAGUACUUUGAGACUUAUGGUCAUGUAACAGAUGUAGUAGUAAUGUAUGACCAAAAUACUCAACGUCCCCGUGGGUUUGGAUUCAUAUCCUUUGACACUGAAGAUGCAGUUGAUCGAGUUUUACAUAAGACCUUCCAUGAAUUGAAUGGUAAGCUUGUAGAGGUGAAACGAGCCCUCCCUAAAGAUGCAAAUCCUGGUGGUGGUGGCCGUAGUGGAGGCUACCAAGGCUAUGGUGCUUCUGGUGCUAAUACAAGUGCAUAUGAAGGUAGAAUGGAUGGUAAUAGAUUCAUGCCACCUCAGACCACUGGUGGUGGUUUCCCACCAUAUUCUGGCUAUGGUGCACCAGGUUAUGGCUAUGGAGCAGCAAAUAGUGCUGUUGGUUAUGGUGGUUAUGGGAGUUAUGGUGUUGGUGGUUAUGGAAGUGCCAAUACUGGAUUUGGCGGUCCUGCUGGGGCGUAUGGAAACCCAAAUGCUCCUAAUGCUGGUUAUGUAAGUGGCCCACCUGGUGCUAUGAAAAGCCAAUGGAACAACCAAACUCCUUCUGGAUAUGGUGCUUCAGGCUAUGGUUCAAAUGCAGCCUAUGGAGCUACAGGUCCUUGGAAUGCUCCGGGUGGUGCUGGUGUUUCUGGACCAAUGGGUCAAUCUCCAAGUGGCGCUUCUGGAUAUGGAAGUCAAGGUUUUGGAUAUGGUAACUAUGGUGGGAGUGAUGGUUCUUAUUCUGGGGGAUAUGGGGCUGCUGGUGGGCGUGCUGGAAGUGCACCUAGUUCUGGUGGUAGUGCUAGUGGAGAACAGGGGACAGGUGGUGGCUACAUGGGGAGUGGCUAUGGUGACGCCAAUGGAAAUCAAGGGUAUUCAAAUGCCGGCUGGAGGUCUGACCCUUCACAAGGUGCUGCUGGUUAUGGUGGUGGCUAUGGUGGUGCUCAGAGGCAGGCCCAACAGCAGUGAUAAAGAUGCUUUAGUUUCCUUCACAUGAAUCUUUGGCGUUCACACUUGUUCCUCAUUGUGAAAUCUUCUGCAUGAUGGCGACAGAUCCUGGGACUGGUUGGAUUGCUUGAAUCUCAGUAGUAGUUUGCAGUUGUUUAUCCUGCUAGUAUAUAAUGGCUAGUAGUUCUGAGUAGUAGUGUUAUUUCUAAUUUACUAGCAUUUGCUUUUAAGUUAUAGUGCUUAGCUUUGGCUUUUCUGUGGUUGUCUGCUAGCUUAUUGAAGCUUUUUUCCUCGUCUUUCUACUGUUAAAGCUAGAGUAGCUUCUAUUAAACUUCGUUAUUAUUGUGGGUAUUGAUGAUAACUAGUAUUUUGUUAAAGGCAUAUUGCUUUAGCCUUAAAUCUCUGGCAGUCUGGUUUGCUGGUGUGAACCUAUAUGCUUUGAAGCUUAGACUGGAUAACAAUAGUAGUUCAGUAGCUACUACAUUUUAUAUGCUAGAGAAAGAGGACUAGAGAUAAAGAUGUAGUGCAGUAUCUUGGUAUUAUGGGUGGAUCUCUAUGUCACCUGGGUUGAUCUCUGCAUAGGGGGUAUUGCUAAUCAUAGUGGUAGUUGAUGUACAAUAAAAAGGCAUAAUCAUUUUCCUCCUAUAUUUUGCCCUUUUGUACAGGAGAGAGAUAUCGUCUUCUAAUUUGGAACUCGGGGAAGUCAAAAAGGGAAAAUAAAUUUAAAUGAGAUUUGUGGCAUGGGCAGGAAUUUAAAGUGGAUUCACUUGAUGAUGCAAUGUUCACUUGAUCUUUCAUGCAGUUUAUUGAUGGGGACCAGAGUCUUCCAAGUUCGAACAGGUUGUGGUAUGUGUAAUUUGAAGUUAGAAGGGUAGUUAGCUUUAUGUUCCUCUUUUAAUUUGCUUUUUAGGUGUUUCUAUUAUAAUUACUCUUUUGCAACCUAUGGUUUUGCCUGUUGGGAGGAAAAGAAAAGUAAACCUUGAAUUUUUUUUUUUCCUUUUUGGGAAGGUGAAACUUGAAAGGAUAGCAUAACAUGGUUUAUUUUUCUUUUUGUUGCUCUUCUUUUAGUGGACCUCAAACUAAUUUAGAUAUAGUGUCUUCUCACCAGUUGUGUAAGAAGACAAGGUCAGUCUUGGUUACCCUAACAUUGUUUUUAUGCUUUAAUGUUGCAAGCAUGCAAGCUGAUCGAUCCCUAAAAUCAAUCAUAUUCACCAAGUGCAUGGCAAGGCAGGAGGGACUUAUCUCGGCAUCUGACAUUCUUCUCCUUGGUUGUUCCAUGUUUUUCAUUGUUUACUUUUGGUUAUUUUGUUCUGUAAAUUUUCCCCAUUCCUGUUAUAUUUUGAUCAGAUUGUGAUGUAUGCGGCUGACUUCAAUCACUAAAUGUUCAGGUUGUUUUGGUUUAA